CUCCCCUAGACAAGCCGGAUACCGCCGGAUUAGUAGUUGGGUCGGUGACGACCAGCGAAUCCCCGGUGUUGUACGUUUUUCUUUUUCUUCUUUUUUCUUCUUUUUUUCGUCUUUCCGUCAAACUUAUUAUUUAUCUUAUUUUAUCUUGGAUUUCUCUUUUAUUCUAUUUAUUGAUGAAACAUUAGCUAACUCGCAAAGACCGCACAUGCUCCCUCCGGAUCAGAUUUUAGCAGCCCAUCUGGCGCCGCAUCUGGCGCAACAACAAUCGCAACUCAACGCAAAACUACAAACAGUACAAGCGCAUAACGCAAAGCUGUUCAGCGAUAUCCAAAGGCAGCGCGCCGAGAUGCAGUCUCUCAUGACGCUCUUGCAGAAGGUUUUCGAAGACAUCGACGGUGCUAACAGCCAGAUGGAUGAUGUUGUAGAUGACCUUGCCAAAGAGACGAGGGCGGUGGAAGCCGAGAUGGCCGAGCCGUGAAAAAGCAUAGUUUCUUAUGUUCUGAGCCUACGAGUCCUGAGGGGUGGGAAGAUGAUGCAUAGACACGGUGUUCCGGCGUAUAGGGCGACUGGUCUGGUUUAUACCGCAUUGAACUGACCAGAAUUUUGGGUCCCUGAUGCAUAAUCGCUAUGCUUUAUGUACGCGAGAUAUUGUUUUACGAUUAUUAGCCCCAAACUCGGUAUAUUUCUCAUGUUUGCAGACUUGUCUAUUAGAGCUGAUAUUACGACCUCGUUUCUUGUAAUUGCAUCUUUAUCCUUCGGCAUUCUUAGGAACGUCUGUCCUGUCUAUUUUAUACAAGGUACAUACGUACAUAUACAUCGCCAUAGAUCGUAGGUAUUCCAAUAUGACAAAAUAGAUGCGGCUGGACGCGUAUACGCGCUCGAGGCAAAGGAGGGCAGCUGACGGGGGGAUCUGCGUAAUUUCGGCAGCCCGCGUAUUGCGGCAUGCAACGAGAC